AAUAAUUUAUUGUGUCUGUGUAUUUUUCUUUUCAAUAAAAACGUAAAAUGAAGUAAAAAUUUCUAAUAAAAUUUUGUCAGACUAUCUUGCCUAUCCCACUAACACAAUGUUUAGAUACCGAUUAUUUACUCUUUUGAAAACUGCUUGCCAAGUUCAACGUAGAAUUACUGUCCCAAAAAUUCGAAAUUAUACCCCAGUGACUUUGGGACUGUUAACUACAGCUUAUUGUAACGAUAAGCAAAAGGAAUUGGAAGUUAUGUGGGAUGCAGAUAGUCUGGAACAUGACUUUUUAAUUCGCCAAGCUACGACUAUCAAUGUUAAUGCAGCUACGCAACUUCUUACUGUUACAUUAGUCGCUAUCCAAGAUACAAGUGAAAGACUGCGUGAGGCGCUGACAAGGGAGAUCUGUUUAGUAAAACAAGCCCUAGAGUGGGGUGAAGAUGGCACUCCACCUCAUCAUUGGGACCAACUAGUGGCUGUCAGAGGGUCACUGUGUGAUUUGAGGCAUAAUCUCCACACUUUGUUUAGUUAUAUGGAUUAUGCAGAAAAGUUAGCAACAGUAGCUGCAGAGAUAUCAUAUUUAUCAGGAAACAUUGUCGCUUCAGAUGCCAUUUGUGAAAGAAUCGAUCAUGCAUGCAGGUCGUGCAACAUGCAGAAACAGCUGACGCAUGAACUGCAGCAGGAAAGUCUGGAACUGCAGCAACAAGCCAUCCUCAGUGCUCCUCAGCUGGAGGAGAAGUUGAAACAUGAUGUUACAAGUGCAAAAAGCAAAUUAAAGACUUAAUUUUAAUGUUAGAUAAUUUUAAAAUCUACUUAUGUUAAGGUCAAGAUAGGUCUCAAAUAAGGUAAACACAAGGAUUUUGUAUAUACUAAAUUCAAAUUUUAAAGUGAUUACAGUUUG